AUGAUGAGUCUCAAAGAAAGAGGGCCAAAGGCAAAGAAAGAGCUAGAGAUGCAAUUCUACCUGACGUCCAAUAUAAUGUGGGAAGUUCAAGCAACAUCGAUCCUUCUACAACAAAUGAAACAAACUACAUCUGGUGAAACCAGCAAGUUUGCUCCCCAUAAGGAAUCCAAAGGUUCUUCAACUUCUACUUUUGCAAUAUCUACUGCUGUUGUUGCUAAAUCCACUGCUUCUACUGCUACAUCUACUGCUGCUGCUUCUAUCAAAGCUACUACUACGGGUACUACCAAGACAUCCCCCGUUUCUGAAGCAAGUUCGGUUGCUGCUACAGAAAGAAAUAUUGAAGUAGCUGACAAACGCGUCAUAGCGGUAAAGGCGACUGUAAAGAGCAUUUGGAAGCCGGCAUAUAUUACUAAUACAAUCGUCACCCACACUUUUGCCUUUAUCAAGUAUAUCUUUGUAAUAUUCUUGAGUCUUAAUCUGAGACGAGUGUAUGAUGGUACCAAAUCUCGAAAAACACGCCUCAAAGAAACAACGAAAUUAUAUAGACAAUUGAUUGCCAAACACAAAGGCUUAUAUUGCUAAAAAAAAAUGCCGGCUAUAUUCCACUUAAACUAGCAUAUGCGCAGCAAAUUGCUUUGUACGAAUGUACGAAAAUUGAAACCGCCUAUUACAAUAAUAUCAAAGCCCAUUUUGGGAAUAGGCUCCGCGAAAUGCUAAACGAACUUUGCAAAAAA